CUGGCGAUUGUGUUUCUGAAAACCCAUGGUGUAAAAUGAAAAGAAGGAAGUCCUGCCUAUGCGAGCUUUAUUUGUUGCUUAACAACAAUAAAACUUGCCCAUCUACAGAACUUUCUUUAGGACAUGGAAUCUGGGAGGUUUCGAUAUGUAAACAUGAUCUCGUUAAAGUUCUCUUUAUGGACCUGGGAGUUCGGAAUGUAAACAUAAUCUCGUUAGAACGGGUGGUUACCUUUUGCGCUGAAGCUUCGCAGCAAAUACGAACUCAAUAA